AUGUGGGCCGUUGAAUCUCCAGCAGUGACCACAUUCUGGCGUGGCGUUGCGGCUGGCGUACCGUUCUGCCAGCCACCCCUCUUAGUGUUGGGCUGGGGAUGGUCGAGAAUAAAGGAUGUCUCAGAUUUGUUAGCUCUAACCAUCGACCAACCGGAAGCAAAUUUGGAUGGCCUCGCUCAUAAUGGCUUACCAGCUAUUCCCCUUUCUUUCUCCUCCCGAGACAGUCCUCCUUCGGUCCAGCCCUCCCGAGUGGCUCCUGCACCUUCUCAACAUAAUCUAGCGUCCGUCCCUUCAAACCCAGAAAACAUGUCCACCUCUGCUCUCCUGGUAGAAUCAACUGACAAAGAGCUUGUGUAUGAUGGCCGCGAAUUCAGGUCCUACAUCCAGCGCGGGAAUACUCUAUUCACUGAAAAAAUUGUCCAGGGGCAUAGUCUCACCAACAACUUCUUCACAUUCUCUUUCUGGCUAAAGUUAAACACCACUUCGAGCCCUUUGGACGAGGUUUUAGUGAUUCAUGAACAUUCUAUAUCAUCAUCUAUUCGUGUAAGGAUGGACCCUAGCUAUGAAAGCCUUGAAGAUGGCAGACUUAGGAUCGAGUUAUGGGUAAAGGGAAAACCGAAGUCAACUGAUCUACUCCCAUUUACGAAAAUUCGGAAAACAUGGACUCACGUGGUUAUCGUACGAAGUGAAGACCACUGGACGGUCUAUUUAAAUGGGAUAGAAAACCGUAUAGAGAACCGGUUGACUAUCUCCGACUAUCUACCCACUACGAGCGAGCCACCUCUGGCCCUCACCCUUCAAAUAGCCUUCAAUC